GGUGACGGCUGAGCUCCCAGAAGCAGAAGAACGACAGGUAACACCUGAAGCCACGCAGCCGCCGCCAUCUUCACAGCCGUGGAGUGCCUACCGAAAGCAUUUCACCCUCUUCCGAAAGACAUCCAAUCGUCUUUUUAAAAAGAUCGCCCAGGGCGCUUGUCUUGAGAGCUGGGAGCUGGUCGGAGUGACAGAAGCCAUGGAAGCAGCUGAGAAAGAGGAAAUAAGCGUUGAAGAUGAAGCUGUGGAUAAAAACAUUUUCAGAGACUGCAACAAGAUCGCAUUUUACAGGCGUCAGAAACAGUGGCUUUCCAAGAAGUCCACCUAUCAGGCAUUACUGGACUCAGUCACAACAGAUGAAGACAGCACCAGGUUCCAAAUCAUCAAUGAAGCAAGUAAGGUUACUCUCCUGGCUGAAAUUUAUGGUAUAGAAGGAAACAUUUUCAGGCUUAAAAUUAAUGAAGAGACUCCUCUAAAACCCAGGUUUGAAGUUCCUGAUGUCCUCACAAGCAAGCCAAGCACUGUAAGGCUGAUUUCAUGCUCAGGGGACACAGGGAGUCUGAUAUUGGCAGAUGGAAAAGGAGGCCUGAAGUGCCAUAUCACAGCAAACCCAUUCAAGGUAGACUUGGUGUCUGAAGAAGAGGUUGUGAUUAGCAUAAAUUCCCUGGGCCAAUUAUACUUUGAGCAUCUACAGAUUCUUCACAAACAAAGAGCUGCUAAAGAAAAUGAGGAGGCGGCAUCAGUGGAUACCUCUCAGGAGAAUCAAGAGGAUCUGGGCCUGUGGGAAGAGAAAUUUGGAAAAUUUGUGGAUAUCAAAGCUAAUGGUCCUUCUUCCAUUGGUUUGGAUUUCUCCUUGCAUGGAUUUGAGCAUCUCUAUGGGAUCCCACAACAUGCAGAAUCACACCAACUUAAAAAUACUGGUGAUGAAGAUGCUUACCGUCUUUAUAACCUGGAUGUCUAUGGAUACCAAAUAUUUGACAAAAUGGGCAUUUAUGGUUCAGUACCUUAUCUCCUGGCCCACAAACUGGGCAGAACUAUAGGCAUUUUCUGGCUGAAUGCCUCAGAAACACUGGUGGAGAUCAAUACAGAGCCUGCAGUAGAGUAUACACUGUCCCAGAUGGGCCCAGUUGCUGCUAAACAAAAGGUCAGAUCUCGAACUCAUGUGCACUGGAUGUCAGAAAGUGGAAUCAUUGAUGUUUUUCUGCUGACAGGACCUACACCUUCUGAUGUCUUCAAACAGUACUCACACCUUACAGGCACACAAGCCAUGCCCCCUCUUUUCUCUUUGGGAUACCACCAGUGCCGCUGGAACUAUGAAGAUGAGGAGGACGUAAAAGCAGUGGAUACAGGGUUUGAUGAGCAUGACAUUCCUUAUGAUGCCAUGUGGCUGGACAUAGAGCACACUGAGGGCAAGAGGUACUUCACCUGGGACAAAAAAAGAUUCCCAAACCCCAAGAGGAUGCAAGAGCUGCUCAGAAGCAAAAAGCGUAAGCUUGUGGUCAUCAGUGAUCCCCACAUCAAGAUUGAUCCUGACUACUCAGUAUAUGUGAAGGCCAAAGAUCAGGGCUUCUUUGUGAAGAACCAGGAAGGGGAAGACUUUGAAGGGGUGUGCUGGCCAGGUCUCUCCUCUUAUCUGGAUUUCACCAAUCCCAAGGUCAGAGAGUGGUAUUCAAGUCUUUUUGCUUUCCCUGUUUAUCAGGGAUCUACGGACAUCCUAUUCCUUUGGAAUGACAUGAAUGAGCCCUCUGUCUUUAGAGGGCCAGAGCAAACCAUGCAGAAGAAUGCCAUUCAUCAUGGCAAUUGGGAGCACAGAGAACUCCACAACAUCUACGGUUUUUAUCACCAAAUGGCUACUGCAGAAGGACUGAUACAGCGAUCUAAAGGGAAGGAGAGACCCUUUGUUCUUACACGUUCUUUCUUUGCUGGGUCACAGAAGUAUGGUGCUGUGUGGACAGGUGACAACACAGCAGAAUGGAGCUACCUGAAAAUUUCUAUCCCAAUGUUACUCACUCUCAGCAUUACUGGGAUCUCUUUUUGUGGAGCUGACAUAGGCGGGUUCAUUGGGAAUCCAGAGACAGAGCUGCUAGUGCGUUGGUACCAGGCCGGAGCCUACCAGCCCUUCUUCCGUGGCCAUGCCACCAUGAACACCAAGCGACGGGAGCCCUGGCUCUUUGGGAAGGAACACACCCGGCUCAUCCGAGAAGCCAUCAGAGAGCGCUAUGGCCUCUUGCCAUAUUGGUAUUCUCUGUUCUACUAUGCACACGUGGCUUCCCAACCUGUCAUGAGGCCUCUGUGGGUAGAGUUCCCAGAUGAACUAAAGACUUUUGAUAUGGAAGAUGAAUACAUGCUGGGGAGUGCAUUAUUGGUUCAUCCAGUCACAGAACCAAAAGCCACCACAGUUGAUGUGUUUCUUCCAGGAUCAAAUGAGGUCUGGUAUGACUGUAAGACAUUUGCUCAUUGGGAAGGAGGGUGUACUGUAAAGAUCCCAGUAGCCUUGGACACUAUUCCAGUGUUUCAGCGAGGUGGAAGUGUGGUACCAAUAAAGACAACUGUAGGAAAAUCCACAGGCUGGAUGACUGAAUCCUCCUAUGGACUUCGGGUUGCUCUAAGCACUAAGGGUUCUUCAGUGGGUGAGUUAUAUCUUGAUGAUGGCCAUUCCUUCCAGUACCUCCACCAGAAGCAAUUUUUGCACAGGAAGUUUUCAUUCUGUUCCAGUGUUUUGAUCAAUAGUUCUGCCGACCAGAGAGGUCAUUAUCCCAGCAAGUGUGUGGUGGAGCAGAUCUUGGUCUUAGGCCUCAGGAAGGAGCCAUCUUUUGUGACUACCCACUCAUCUGAUGGUAAAGAUCAGCCUGUGGCUUUUACGUAUUGUGCCAACACGUCUAGCCUGACCCUGGAGAAGCUCUCGCUCAACAUUGCCACUGACUGGGAGGUCCACAUCAUAUGACAAAGAACUGCCCCUGGUGGUGUGAGCGGGGACCUGCCAGUCCCUUUCAACCUUCCCCUCGCCUUUUUUGAGAUUUGUGCAGCAAUCUACUUGCCUUUCCUGAGUCAAAAUAAUCUUUCAUUCGUCACCAUUAUACUAAUGAACAAUAGAUUUCAUGUUUUAAAUUUUCAGAUUUUACAUGUUAAGAGUACUAGCAAUAUUCCUUGUGUCAAACAUCCCCUUUUCUCCCCGCCCCCCCCCGGAUACAUAGCCCUGAGACAUUUAUAGCGUUCAAGAGUCUUCUGUUGCAUCCAUUCCUUGAGCAAGGCUGCAUGGUUCUGUUUUAAUGUGGGCCAAGCCUACCUGGGCAGCCCCUUUGCCAGGGCUUGCCUGGGGCCAUGCAGCAUUGGCGUUGUGGCUGCAGCAACUGAGUUGCUCGAGGCCAGUCUCCAAGUGGACAGCAGCCUCUGAUAGUCCCCGCAGUUAUCUUCCACCCACAUGGACUGGGCAAAGCAGCCCUCUUCUGUGUGCGCUGCAUACGCUGCAGCAGUGGGAGUUAUUCUCCCCUAGAGAUCCACUUGGCAGCAUGAAGGAUUCUUUUCUCUUUCAUGCUUCUCAGGCUCAGUAGUUUCUAAUUAAUCUCAAAAUCCAUGUCUUUUAAAUUGUUUUUUAAUUAAGUGCUGUCUACUAACCAAAGAAUAUUUGUAACAUGAGUAAGCUAUGAUUAAUAACAAUGAAAUGAAUACCCAUGUACCCACCACUGGAUUUCCAAAGUAGAACUCAUGACUGGGACUAGGAUGAGGCAAGGGAGGCCCUGGCCUUGGGCACAAAAUGUAAGGGAUGCCAAAAAAUACAGUAAUCAAAAUAAGUAAUAUUUCAAUCCACUAUUUUUAAAAAUCAGAAUUAAUGCAAAAAAAAAAAAAAAAAAAAACCAUGAUGAACAAAAUAUCAAAAUUUAAAAUAAAGACAGGAUUAGUAUUACUGAGUUUUCCUUUUGUCCCAGGCUCUAAUAUGGCUUGGCAUGGAGCAGAACAUUACAAUAUACCAGUCGCAUCAUAAUGCCCUAAGGCUCUGCAGACCCCAGUGGCUCCCUGCUGCCUGCCGCAGCAUCUGUUUUGGCAGCCUCAACUCCCUGGCACUCCUCAGCACAUACCUCUUCUUAUCAGGCUUCCUCCACUUAGCAAGUUGCUAGUGGCCACCUCUGUGCCUUCUCAUCCCUGGGCACCAAUAUCCUCCUGCCCUUACCAUCCUUCCAGGCCCAACUCAAAUCCCACUUUCCCGUUAAGCCUAACUACGCUAACACCCCUACCCCCAUACCCAUUAGCAGUGAUUUUGCCCUUCCCUGUAAUGCUGUCCCACUUAUAACUGUGCUCUACUUACCAUUCUCAGAGAUCAUACCUUAAUGUUUUCAGUAUGUCUCUGUUCUCCUACUAGAUUGUAUGUUCCUCAAGAGCAUGUUCUAUUUCUCUUCUAUCUGACACAGCACUAUUACACCUCACUUUCAGUAACUGUUAGCUGUGAUUGGUUAGCUGGUGGAUUUAAUUGAUUAAAAAAUUACAUUUGAAUGUA